CGAAGGUUUGGAUUUGAUUCGGAGGAUUGAGAAGUUAGACCGUUCGACACCUUACAAUAGACGAAAAUGGCCGUAAGUGACGUCACAAAUGCCGCUCAGCUGGCGUUUCAGGACCUAAAUCUGACUUCAGAAGAGCAGCAGCGCAUUCUGGAUGUCAUCGAAAGGGAUGAAGCACUGCGACGGGAAGAGAAAAUUCGAAUUUGGCGACUGAAGUCUGAACUGCAGAUGCUGCGACUCCAGGGAGUCCUGCGGCCCGGACAGGCGGGCGGCCGCACCUGCGCGCGCUGCCGGGUCACCCUGGGCCGGAUAUUCAACAGGGGUGCCCCCUGCAGGUCGUGCCGGCUGACGGUGUGCAAGGACUGCCGCCAGCAGCCCACCGGCGGCCGUGGCUGGGUCUGCACUGUCUGCCACAAACAAAUGGAGAUUCAGCUGGCCACGGGGCAGUGGAUGGACCUGUUUACGAAGCGACCCUCGCGCCGACGGGAGUCAAUAGUGGCGCCCACCGCCCUACUCCGGCGGCAAAUUCGACGCUCCAUGACCAUCUCCAAUCCUGGAGGUCCCGGACGCGGGCCAAAUGGGCUCCACGCUGCCCGGGGUCGGCCUGGUCUGGCCCCGUCCCCUCUGGGUCACCUCCGGCCGCGACCCCGACCGCGACCCCGACCCGACCACAAGCCCGUUCGACGGGCGACAAUGACACACGCUGACCGGGGCUGUCGCAGGCAGCGUAUGGGUGCCCUCAGCAGCCAGGCCUAUGCCGAGGACCCCGCUGUCAGCAGCGCCACCUCCAGUGUGACGAGCUCACCAGCAGUUCUGAGGAGAGACGACAGAGAGCAGUCGCCGCAGAUUGGAGGCAGUCUCGGGAACGGGCUGGAUGGCUUCACGCCGGUGCUGGGACGGGCUCGGAAGGGCAGCGAGUCGGAACCGGUACUUCUCAGAGCUGACCUGGCGCCUCCCCUCGCACCCUCUCCGCCUCCGCUGUGUGGAAGCACACCUCCGGAGUCUGUGGACCACGUGGACGGAGCUCUCGACAGAGCCCUCGACGAAGCGCUCGACGAAGUUCUCGACGGAGCCGACGCAGAAGGUCACAGUCCUCAACAGAGCGGUUAUAGUGGUGAUGAGUCAGCCAAGGAAGAACAAUUAGAACUGCAGCCGGGAGAUGAGAGCGAGUCCCACCUGCACAUCAAAUGGCCGCACCUGGUAGAGUUGGCCCUCAAACGCCAUCGGCACAGCUACAACAUGCGACAGCAGGCGGCGGAGAGACAGAAAGACAACCCUUUCCGCUGGCGAAAGCGGCAGUUUGAUGUGAGCGAAGACUCAUCGGAGGUCAAGGUGGAGGCACCUCGCUCGCGCUCAUCCUCCAGCGGCAAGAGUCGGAGUCCUUCCAGAGGUGCCGUGGGACCCAGCGUGGGCGACUCGGACUCGGACCCGGAGAUGGAGCCGGAGUCGUUCGGAGGCGCCAUUUUCCAGAAGCUGACCGUGGUGGCCGGGAGGAGACACCAUCGCAACAGCGCUAACUCGGAACCAGAGGACGACCAUGAGAAAGCCGCAGCACGCGCCGGCGCUGACGCGGAACAUAGCACGCCGACACCGACGAAGGCGCUGUGCAGCGAGACGAUCUCGACACGAUCGCAACUUCUGACACCGCGGGACGCGGCCAUGGAAGACGAGAACCACAGGAACUCAGCCAUCACGGCACUCGCCGAUGAUCCGGUGAGGAUCGAGGAGUGCGCGCCACCGGAGCCCAAAGUGGACGACUCGGAGUCAGACGAGUCGACGUGUGAGUACGACUUGGUGGUGGCCGCGCAGCGCUACCAGCGGGGCGCCGCCGGCCGCGACGGUGCCGACGACAGCGAGGCCAGCGCCGACGCCACCCACUCGGACUCUGACGACUCGGACUGCUCCGACCCGGAGACAAACGUGCGCCAGAUGUACGUGCUCAACCCGAGCUCGUCGGUCGAGGAGCUGCUGGACGCGGCCGACAGCGGCACUGACUCUCCGCUGACGGUGGACGCGCGGCCCGUCUCGCGGCCCGGCUCGCCGCCCGGCCGGCCCGGACCGGUGCCGGGCCCCGGCUCCGAGCCUGGCGUGCACGACAAGCUGUCCGAGGCAGAUACUGGCAGCGAUACGGGCCGGUCGGCAGAGGCGGCGCCGGCUCAACACGCCACAUCGGACCAGCCGGCUGGCCCAGCCGAGGCCGACGCCUCACAGCCUAAAACUGCCGAGGCUACGACGGCUGAGGCGCCAGCUGCCGGGUCCAGUGCUGAAGCAGAAGCUGACGCCAAAGCUGGAGACACCGUCGAAACUAAAGAUGUCAAACCUGAGCCCGGUGUUCAGACUGAUGAUGACUCUCCGGGGAACGCCACGGCGCACCCGUCCGGUGCCGAGCGGCCCCUCAGCGCGGCCCCUAACGAGACAUCGGAGCCGGCCGAAAUGGCUCAUUCGAGCCCGCCAGCUCCUGCAGCUGAGCACGAACCUGUCCCUACUGAGGGCGCCAGCCCGGCGGCCGGCUCGGACCACCGUCUGGCCGGCUCGGCGCCCGUGCUGACCGCUCAGACAGACGUGGCCGACCCCUCGGAUACAGCAGCACCGGGUGCGAGAUGUGACGCGGCGUCGAUCGGUGAGCCCGGCCCGUCGGCGGCAGAGGUGUCCGCCGGUGGCGCCACCAGCACCGCGGACGGCGCCACCAGCACCCCAGCUCCGGCUGGUGCCGAGGAGCAGACGGCGACCGCCGAGCCCCGACCCGAGGGAGGGGACCCGGCGGCCAGCGGGGAGCCUCCUGCAGCCGCGCUGCUGACUGAAGGCGUGACACCGGCAGGUCCGGGGUCGGAGUCGACCCUGGAGACAGCACCGGCACCGCCAUCGGUGUCUGAUCGGCCACUGUCCGACUCCGGAGGUCCGGGAGAAAGCCAGCAGUCGGGCGGCGAAACCCCGGCCGCCGGACCCGACCGGCAGCCGGCCGAGUGGGCGACGGCCGUCGACACGGCGCCAAAGCACGCCGGCAAGGCGAGAAAGUCCAAGAAGAGAAGGAAGAAGGACGCGGCGAAAAAGUCGGCCAUAUCGGCGAGUGUGGAGAAUAUUGCCGAUGCUGCUGGCACGAGUGAAACGGCAGAGCGAACAAAAUCCGUUUCUGAGGAGAAUAGUUCAAAAGAGAGGUCAGAAGGACCCGAGGAGCCUCUCAGUUCCACACAACAGUCCAGCACUUCUUCAAACGACACUGCUGUCGAUGAUGCCGAUGUUACUCAAGAAGUCGAAGCAGUGGAGGAAGUGGUAGAAUCGGUCGAGGCGGAGACAGCCCACAAAGACAAUAGGCUGAUUGGAUCAACCGCAAACGCUAGGCUUUCAGACAACAAAAUAACCGUCGAGACGAAAGCGCCUGAAACGGACACUGCGGUUGAGGAUUCAGGACCACCACAAAUCAUGCCUGUGGUGGAAUGUGAGACUUCUGUGUCGGGAACGCACGGAGAAGUCAUUUCAGUGGAGGCCAAAGCUGCGGUGGAAUCGACAACGCCACUGGAGUCCGAGGCCCCUCUCGAAACAACGGCGAGAGCGGAAACAAAACCACCGGUGGAAACUGCUGCGCAGUCUGAAUUAGAGUCCCUGGACAAAACGGAGACGGUUUCAGAAACCAACGCAUUGGAUGGUGGAAUAUGCUCUGAAGAAGAUCCGGUUGAUGUUACGGUAACAGAAGAAGCCAAUAAGUCAACAAAUAGCGCGUCAUUGCCAAAGGCUGAAAUGCCUGUUAAAACUUCAGUUGGCGAGGAAACUGAAGGACCAGUUGAAAAUAAACCUCCGGCGGGAACUGAGACGUCUGUCGAAACGACGGUAACCGAGGAAACUGAAAGAUCAGUCGAAACUGUGUCAGCUGCAGAAGUUGAAGCAGCAGCUGACACUGUUGAAACGACGGAAACUGUGAAUCCAUCCGAAACUACGGUAACCGAGGAAACAGUCGAAACUGUGACAACUCCGGCUUCUGAAGCACCAGUUGAAAUUAUGGAAACGAUGGAGACUGCAAAACCAUCUGAAACUGUGGAAACUGUGGAAGUUGAAACGCCAGUUGAAACUGUGAAACCAGCAGAAACUGUGGAAAUGGUAGACGCUGAAACACCGGUUGAAACUGUUGAAAAUGAGACGCCAUCUGGAAUUACAGUUCCUCCGACGUGUGCGGUGCCGGUGGAAACAGCGGUUUCCGUCGAAACUGAAACGCCAGUGGAAACUGCGGCUGCAGCACAGCCCGAGCCGUCUGGCGAAACCAAGGCGACAUCCGAAACUGAAAAGCCAGUUGAAACUGUACUACCAUCGGCAGCUGAAAUUUCAACGUCGGUCGAGCCCUUGUCCGCGGUAGUGGAAUCGGUCCAACCCACGAUUGAAGCUGAAAGUGAGAAACCGAUUGAAAACCCAACAGUACCAACAGAAAGCAAAGCAUCGGAAGAAAUUGCAGUAUCUACUGAAACAAAUACGACCGACACAUGUGUGGAAACCACGGUUCAAAAAGCUGACGAUGCACCGCUUCAAAACACGGCAGAUCUUGAAACUGAGAGCUCGAUCACACCUUCUUUGCUAGAAAAGUCCACUGUUCAGACAGAACCAGCAACAGCUGAGCCCGACCCGAAGCCAGAAGCAGAGACAUCGCAAGCAGCAACAGCAGGUGCAACUGCGCCAACAGCUAUCACGAGUGCAUCGGAAAUUGCAGAGGCAUGUUCGCUUUCUGUGGAAGCGGAGACACCUGGUAACGUCACACCAUCAGAAGAAAUCCCAGAGACCAUUGUCCCAUCAACUGACAAAGAUGCAUUGUUUGAAUCAAGACCACCGAUUGAACAUAAAAUGAUUGACGAUACUUUCGUAUCAGAAGAUACUUUCGUAUCAGAAGCUGCAAUUGUAAAUGAAAACAAUGCUACAACAGUGACUGAGAUGUCAACGGAGGACGGCUCUUCCGAAACAGAGACAUCAUUUAUUUCUACUGUGUCGUCAGAAACCGAAGAUUCCAUAAAAACUACGAUAUCUGUGGAAGCCAACGAGGAACAAUCACCAGUCGUUGAGAGUCAACUGCCUGCUGAAGGCACAAUAGAUGAAGGAUCACCUGAAGACAGCACAAUGACAACUAAAGCUGUCGUGCCAACUGAAACCGAUGCUCCGUCUGCAAUUCAAACGGAAACGGCCGUACCUGAAGACUCCAGUGUGUCGCCAGUCAAAACCGUGGCGUCAGACAGCACUGCUACGGAAUUGGUACCCACAGAACCAACGGAAACCGUCUCCGACACCGACGAACUCGCGCGGGCUCAACAAGUGCCAACAGUGCUCGGCCCGACAGAUGUGACGGCAGUCAGUGGUGACGUGUCGGACGUCUGUGCACCUGUGGAAUCCACCGAAACUCCGCCUGCGGACUCCGCCGGCACUCAGCCUGUGGACACCGCCGGCACUCCGUCUGCUGACACCGCCGACACAGCCGCCCGCUCAGGUGGGCGGGACCCGCCACCAGCUGAUUCGGUUCCCGAGCCGACGGCGGCCGGCGCGAGCCGGCCGCCGGCUCCCAGCGAGCCCAUGGUCACGCAAACCGGUCCUGACCAGACCCCUGCCGCUUCUGGCCAGGGCCCUGGCGCUCCUGAGUCAUUAGACCGCGGCCCGCAGGUCGGUAAAAAUCCGCACAAUGGAGUGGCCGGUGCGGCCGCCGCGCCGGGCGGCAUCACGCCGGAUUCUGCAGAGCAGACUCGGCCGGGCGAGGGAGGAGCGGCCGGUGCGGGCGGGGCGGCUUGCAGAGGUGACCGACCCGAGGGCGCCAGUGCCGCACCUGGCCGGGCCGCCUCUCCCCGUGCCGCGGCGGCGACGCCCGCCGGUGACUCGCCGGGCGUGAACCCGCAGCCGGACAGUGCCGGCGAGCCGAUCGUGGCCGACAGUCGGCCGGAAAACGGCGUCGAGCCCGCGCGCACGUCGGCAGCCCGCGACGCGACCGAGGCCAGCACCGGCGGCGGCGCCGCGGGCGGUGCCGGCGGCGGCGGUGGGCGGCCGGCGGCCGAGGCGGACGCGGCGGCUCGCGGCUUUGUCAGUGUGGUGGCCGUGGGUGCGGCCGGCAGUACGGUGGUGCACACGGCCGGCGCCGCUCCCGUCACUGUCACCACGGCAGCGGACGGAGAGCGGCCGGCAGCGGCCAGCGUGGCCAGCGUGGAGGUGACAGACGCGGCGGGCGAUGGCGGGGGCGGCACGGAGCCGCCGCCGCCGCCCCGUGAGCAGGAGGUGGACCUGGUGGCGCCCAGCUCGGAGGAGGUCGAAGUGGUCACCGAUGAGAAGACCAACUCAGUGCUGGUGGCCAGCGGGGCCGGAGACGACGCCGACCGGCUGUGUGAGGCUGUGGAGAGUGCAGUGCAGACGCGAGAUGAGGUGAUACACAUGAAGGUGGGCAGUGGGGCGCCGCCGGAGUCCACCUCGCGGCUGGCGGACUACUUCGCUGGCUUGGAGACGCCAGUGCCGGCCGGAGAGCGCCGCUCGCGCACGCCGGAGGUGCGACAUCGCUCCUCUCCAGAAACAGCCGCCAGUGUGGACGCCAAGGACGACUUCGAUGACGGGUUUGACUUCGGCGGUGGAGAAGGCGAGGAGUAUCCGUCCAUCGGCUACGACCACUUCGACUCGGACGAGCGCUAUUCCGUGGAGGAGCACGAGUCGCUCAGCGACGCGUCUCAGGAGGAACAGUACACCGAGGAGGACCUCCGCGGCUUCGGCCAGCCCCUGGAUUUCACCCUUAGCACCAUCCUCGAGGAAAGCUGCGAGGAGAGUGACAUGGACGAGAAGGAAGCUCGUGCCGCCGCUGCUGCCGAGAACGUGGCUUCCGCAGACCCGUCCGAGCUUGAGAAAUAUUUCUUCUUUGAGCUGGGAGCCGGUGAGCUGGAGCCCCCACGCAUCGGCAACGAGGAGAGUGAGUGCAGCACUGAGUUCUUGGGGACGGAGAGCGACAUGUCCCUUUCCAUGUCGUCGCAGUUCAGUGAGAUCACGACUGACACUGACAGCACCGAGGUCGACCCGGUGGAGAAGGCCGCUGCCCGUUACCAGGGCCAUGGCAACCCGCUGUUCCGUAACGAGUCGCUGCGCUCAGUGGACUCUGAGGUACAAACGGACGGCAGUGGCAGCGUUGGCAGUGACUCGGAGGGUCAGCCGUCACCGGAGCAGCGGCGGAAGAAGGUGCCACGGGCUCGGUUCCGAGCGCAGUCUGGCGACCUGGUAGGCAGCGGGGGCGAGGCGUCCGGCCGUGAGAUCUCGGACAAGAGUGACGGCACGUCCAGUGACGAGGACCUUCCCCAAGACCCCAGUGAUGAGACUGCGUUUGAGAAGAGCGAUGGUCAGUUCGACACGAUCAAGCGUCGGAAGAAAAAGAAGGCGCCAUCGGCAGCGGCGAUAGCUGCAGCUGCUGCUGCGGCAGUGAAGGACCGUGACACAGUGUCCGAGAAAACACGCACAGCUUCGGGGGAGCUACCGACCCACCCACGCCUUCAGACAGUCGCCGUCGCCGCUGACGCAACCUCUGGGGGUGUUGCACGUGACUCCAUCUUACCUCAGCUUGAGAAGACGGGCGAAGCGCGUCAGAGUCGCGACAGCGGAUUCCUGGGCAGCUCGGAUGACCUGCUGAAGGAGUCGCCGGCCGCGCGAGAAGGCACCGAAAUCCAUCAGGAGACAGCUGCAAGCCGCCCUGUCCCCGACUCUUCUGAUGAGGAGGCACUGCAAUCCAGCUCCACCACAGUCUCACAGCGCAGCACAUCAGGAGAGGAGGGGGCAACUGGGGGCCGCCGCUCGGCGACACCCAAAGCCGGGCCCUCACGCGACCGACUAACAGCCUCUCCGGCAGCCGGCUCGCCCGGACGCUCCCCAGCCUCCAAAACGCGCAACAAAGUGAUACGCAAGGACUCGUUCAACAACUGGAGUUCGGACGAGGAGACUAAUAUCCUGAUGGGCAGACUACGACAGUUCUUCCGCGCCAACAUCCUGACUCCGAGACCGGCAGCGCCCAGCGCCACCCCGGCGGCCAAGCCGGUGCAGCUGCUCUCGUUCGAGAACGAGCUGACGCGAAUGAUGAAGAGCGUCCCCGGAAUCAACGAGGCGCAGGUGCGGGAGAUUGUUGAAUACCUCAGCAGCGAGGAUACGUGGAGUGAUUCUUACGACAGCUCUGACUAUACGAGCAGCGACUUUGAGGGCGCUUACGGCACCUUCAACCCCGGCCAGCCGGACUUUAUAUCUCAAAUCCAGCAGCAGUUUUCACAUCAGAUGACGCACAAGUACAGCCCGGCGCCGCCUCCACCGCCGACGGUGCCGUCGGUGGGCGCGAAGGCCAACCCUGCCGACGCUGUGGCUAUGUACGACCAGAUGCUGGGCAGUCUGCGGGGACUCUCACAGGAGGCAGCCCCACCCCCGCCGCAACCUCCGCAGCCGCCAGUGCCCGCCUCGCCGCCGAUGCUGGCCAAGGUGAUGCAGCAUGUCGGCGACCGACUGGUAGCCCUCAUGCAUGAGGUCUCGAGCGGUGGCGACUCUACCUCCCUCAGCGAUCACUCGCCGAACCUGAGUGCGCGUCUGCCGCGCUCACGCGACUUCUUCUCUGAGUCUCCGUAUACGUCUAGUCCCAAGGUGCGCCGUCCGACGGCGGUGGCGGCGGCCGUCUCUAAUCCUGACCUGACUCCGGGUCACUCCCCGGGCGCGCCCCGCUCCAGCUACCACCUGCUCAAGACGGCGCCUCCGGCUGCCUCGGACGACAACAUCCUGGCCUCGCUGGAGACGGCCUCCUCACCAACUGGGCCUCGGAAGUCAGUCGGCUCAGCGGGCAGCACCGGGUCCAUCGACUUCAACCGCAUCCUGCGAGACAGCAAGCGCAAGAAGAAGAAGGAGUUUGACUCUUGUCACAACCUGGUGGAAGGUCGCAGCGAGAAGGACGUCGAGGAGGGCGAGCCGACGCUGGGCCGUGCCGAGGACAAGUGGACGCGUCUCAGCGGAAGGGUGAAGUCAGAAGGUGACGUAAGCGUCAAGUCGUGCGGCACGGGCAGCACCCUGACCAUCGGCCGGCCACGCAGCUCCGAGUUCUCCUCCUCCGAGCAGGUGGACUCAGACUCGACCCUGCGAGCAGCGGACAGCUACGAGAAACACCUGGGCCAGCGGACCACCCCGCGCUGGUUCAGCAGCCGCUCUAGUCUGGGAAGCAAGAACUCGCUCAAUACCUCCCUCAGCAGUGAGACCAUCACGGCUCGCCCUGAGGCGUCCGAUAGUGAGCCUGAGGACAAGAAGUCGCGCCGUUUCUUGUUCAACUACAAGCGGCGCAGCAGUGUGCCGGACACGAGUGCCGCGGAGCCGGGUGAGGCGGAGCGUUCGACCACGCUGCCGCGUUCUACCACAGUCAGCGGCAGCACGGACGCGCUGCCGGCGCAGAGCUCGCUCUCGCUGCCGCGCAGCCGUGUCACGUCGCCCCACAAGGCGGUCCACCUGGGCGUGUCCAGCCUGGCGGCCGACUCUGUGCGUUCGGCGCGCUACCGAGCGCCCGGAUACCGCCAGGUGGGACCGACGUCACGGAGGGCGCUACUCGGCGCCCGGAGGUCGUCCUGGUCACACAAAGCAGAUGAGCGGCAGGCGGGCACCCCCGGACGGCCGGGAGAGUCGCCUCUGGCGGCACACUCGUCGUCUACGCUCGACCGUCGCUCCAUGUCCAGUCUGCCAACCUCUGAGCCGGACGACGACAUCGACCGACUGGUGGCGCUCCACCAGCAGCGAUCGGCCACACUCUCCACUCUCGGAUCCCGCAGCGACUCGAUGGCCAGCGUGUACUCGGCCGGCGAGGCGCGGUACGGUACGGUACCGGUACGCGGCGACCUGCAGCUGGCACUUCAGUACAACUACCAGCAGAGCGCCCUCGAGGUCACCGUCAAACAGUGCAGAGACCUGGCCGCCGUCGACACCAAACGCAACCGCUCCGACCCCUACGUCAAGGCGUACCUGCUGCCCGACCGAUCAAAGAGUGGCAAGCGGAAGACGAAGACCAAAAAGCAUACCUUGAACCCCAUCUUCGACGAAACGUUGAAGUUCCCGGCCGUGGAGGCGGAGCUGGAGAGCCGCACCCUCUGGGUGACUGUGUGGCAUAGCGACAUGUUCGGCCGCAACGACUUCCUCGGCGAGCUGGUGCUACCCAUCUGCCGGACACUGUUCGACGACCCCAGUCCGCACUGGUACACACUGCAGGAGCGGAGUGAGAUCCAGGAGGAGAGUCCCGGCCACCGCGGGGACGUCAUCGUCGCCUUCAAAUACACGCCGCCAGAUGGCAGCCUGGGCCGAAAGGGCCGCAAGACCAAGGGUCGGCUGCACAUCACCAUCAAGGAGGCCAAGAACCUGGCGCCAGUGCGUGCCAACGGCUCGGCUGACCCCUUCUGCAAGUGCUACCUCCUGCCGGACAGGAAGAACAGCAAGCAGAAGACGCCGGUGGCGAAGCGGACCACGUGCCCUCGCUGGAGCGGCACGCUCACCUACGAGAACGUCAGUCUGGGAGAGCUGCGUGAGCGGGCGCUGGAGCUGACCAUCUGGGACCACAGCCUCACCUCCAACGAGUUCCUCGGCGGCGCCCGCUUCAACCUCGGAUCGGGGAAGCAGCUGGGUAAGCCGGUGGACUGGAUGGACGCGGCCGGUCAGGAGCGCGCCCUCUGGGAGCAGCUGAUCGAACGGCCCGGCUACUGGGUCGAGGGCUCCGUGCCGCUCCGCUUCUCCAUGGAGCGCGCCGUCACCGCCGACAAGUGAUGUGUGACGUCACCCCCCGGCGGCGGCAGCACGCGCUCUGACGUCACCGCCGGCCGCGGGUGACGUCAGACGCCGGAUCUCUGGCGGCCGCCGCCCCCCGCGCGCACGCUCGCGCCCAACAGGCGGCCGCGCUCAGUCGCCGCGUGCCGCGCGCGUGUGCGCAAAUGUAUGCGUGUGUAUGUUAUGAGUGUUCUGUGACGUCAACGUCGGCGGCGGGCGCGAUCAUUGCGCCGCCGCCGCGAUGUGAUUCCUAGCCGGCGCCCCGGGACGUGUCUGUGAUAGCCGCCGGCGGACGGGGCGCGGUGGCCGCACACGCCCGCGUCUCGACAGAUAGAGACCGGCGCUUUGUGUGCAGGCGGUGCCCGGCGCCCCACACCGAUAUAUGUCUAUGUAAUACACAGUAUCGCCGUUA